AUGGCUGCCACACAAUCAUCAUCAUCAUCUAUACUUCACCUUACUGGUGACCAUUUAGAAACUCGUAAUCGAUGGAAUGGAUCGAUAGCUGUAGUUUAUAAUCCUAUAACAAAACAAGCCGAAUGGCGUGAAUCAUCGCGCAGUGGUAUACAUGGUGUAUUUAAUCCUCAAACAGAGCAAGUAGAAUGGCGUGAAUCAUUGCAUUCCGGUGUAUUUGGUGUUUAUAGUCCUAUUUCAAAAAUAGUUGAAUGGAAAGAAUGUUGGCACGGUGGAGUUUGUGGUGUAUGGAAUCCACAAACACAGCAAGUUGAAUGGCAUGAAAAAUGGCAUCAUGGAAUUGGUGGAGUUUAUAAUCCAUUAACUGGUAAAGUUGAGUGGGGUGAAGAAUGGAAUGGAGGAAUAGUCGGGUAUUUUGAUCAAGAAUCAAAGCAAGUAAAAUGGAUUCGUAAAUGGCAUCAUGGAUUAGCACUGAUUUAUAGGGACGUAGCUAACAUUCAUAAAAGAAAUAGGACUUGCGUGAAUGCUAUAUGCCUUAAGGGCUCCCUAAGAAAAACGUUUUUUUAUCGUAUAUCCGAUUUUGAUGCCACUUUCAGCAGAUGUUUGCCAUAUCAAAGUGUGAUUAUGAAAUUUCUUUCCUCACUACCUCUUACCAUUCCGGGGUUUUCCGGAGUCCAAGGUCAAAAAUCCACCCUCUACUGUGGGACACUUUUUUUAAAUAUACUUUAAGCUACAGAUCUCGGGUUCGUUUUAUUCUGAACUAGACACCUAACUGCGUGGAAUGACGGGACCAGAUUUUUGAUUUAGGUCUUUGUUCGUUUUCCAGAGAUCGAAGAUAAUUGAAAACUCAAAAAAUCCUUUCGGGUUAUUCGGAAAUCCUUGAUUUUCUAGAAAACUAAGGCCUAAUUCAAAAAUCGGCUCCCAUCAGCCCACGCAGUUAGGUGUCUACUUUAAAAUAAAACCAAUCGGAGAUCUCUAGCUUGAAGUAUAUUUAAAAAAAGUAUCCCACACUGGGCAUGUUCGAAAAAAAAACGGGUUUUGACAGAAAAUGCUGUGCAUUUGUUCAUCUAUUUAAGACAUAUAGGAAAAUGCUUGUAAUUUUUGAACGCAAGAUCACACAGUUGUGCAACGAGGGCGAGUUCGAUGAAAAAUUAAUAAAGUCCAGUUUUCUCCGAAACUAUGCAAUAGUUUGCAACGAAAUUUUUAGGAAAGAUGUAUUAUUAUAUGGGCUAUGCACUCUCAAAUUUCUAUCAAAAAUUAUUGAUUCAUUUAGGAGAAAUGUCGGUUUUGCCUGCAAAAUUUGUGUCCCAUUUUUCUCCCAGAGGCAACGUGAUCCAGAUGUGAAACUUUUAGGGUAAAUAGAACAAAACGAGCUGUGCUGAAAACUGAUUUCAAACUUCGCGAAAUUAUUUUGGACAUGUUUUAAAGUUCCUCAAAAACCAGGUUUCUGGAGAUCUUUCUUUAAAACGUUUUAAUGAAACAUCAUCAAUCAAACUUAUUUUAUAUUACUGACUUGAUACACCACAACAAUUACUUUGAAAUGAGAUAUCUUUGCGCUCUGUACGAUGCAUACUUAUUGAAUUUUUGUUGUUUUAUCUUCUUUCAGAAACAACAAAAACGGUGGUCUUCUGUUGUGGUCAAAUUUUGUCGCCUGCUAGUAGUCCAACGGGUUCCCCCACGUACUUGAGGUUCAUUCCCUAUUAGAAGUACAUUUUCGCGGAAUAUUGUUUCGAAAAUUCCUCUGCAGGUAGGUAU